AUCUUCCCUCUUUGAAGAAAUUAUAUUACAGGUCAAAUUUUUGGUUUCUAAAGCCGUUUUAAAUUAUGUAGGGUGUCAAUUAGCAAAAUUAAUUAUUUUAAACUUAAAAAAUAUUAAUGUUAUAAGCUAAGCUUUCAGUUUAAUUAAACGAUAAUGGAUUUUAAUACAACGACGAAUAAUGAUUAUAAUUGGCCAUUUCCAAAACCAAUUGUGGGAAAACCAUGCCAGCCACCAGUACCCAAUGCAGCACAGACUAUCCGGCCAGCUCCAGUCGCUCCGUACUGCCAUUGUGACGCGCAUUCCUAUUCACCUCGGGUUGAACAAUACAAACAACUGCUAGAUAAAGAGCAGAAGUUGUGUCAAGAUUAUGAACAGUUGCGGAAACAGAUGGUAGAUGUAACUAAUGAUAUACUGGAUCAUCCGUGUGACGAUCUUGAUAGCAAGAUGAUGACUAUGUACCAAGCUACGUAUAAAAAGAGAUCAUUCCCAGUGAUUGAUUACCGUAAAAUAAUGGCGGCGUCGCAAUCAAGUGCUCCAAUACCUGUCGAGAGCCAUAAGUUAGGUCUAUUACGCUGCUACAAAGAUCCAACUCACUUCUCGGAACUGCCACCCACAGUUCGUCCGACCAUCAACCCCCCAGGGGCCGUUCACACAGGCGUGUCUCCUAUGUCUGUCCAAAGAUGGUUUACGGAGUUCCCCGGUAGGACGGAAUAUAUGGAUACGUAUAGCUCAUCAGCGAAGGCUUGUUGGAGAUCUAUGCAGAGGUUCAAAGAGCCAAUGCCUUCGACUAGGAGAAGGGCAGAUGAUAGGUGUGUUUAGACCUGGGAUUUUUUCCAUCUAUAUAAUCGAAGGUCUAAUUCGGUUUUGUUCAAUUUUACAAUGUGAUUGUGGAAUUUUAAUAAAAAA